AGAAAAAAGGCACGGCUUCUCCGAGAGAGGAAUAGUCGGAUUGGAGACCUCGUGACGACGAAGAUCAACCUGGGAAAGAGGCGAGAGGCAGGCAGACAGGCAAACGCUGGAUCCCGAGAAGUGGAUGAAAAGAGAGAGGGAGGAAAAGAGAGAGAGAGAAAGAGAGGGGAGGAGGCGGCGUACCCACACACGGAGACACGCUCCCACGCGCGCUGGUUGCAGCCUCCCCACACGCCUGCCUUCCCGUGCGCAACUCUGGAGAUUUUUUCUUUUUUUCUUUUUUUGCCAACCCUUCCUCGCUUGAGCCUCUCUGCUAAGACCCGGCAGAGAAGCGGGCGGAAAAGAGCCAACUCUCCUUGACUCAGUCCCGCUUGAGUUUGUUUGUUCGUGGGCCGAGCGCGUGGGUUUUUCCCCCCUUCUUCUCGGGGAUGCUGGAGCCCGGGGCUGCGCGUUGGAGGAGCCCGGGAAAGGAUGUGGCCGCCGCUUCUGUUGCCUCGUAAGAGAGCGAGGCGCAAGAAAAAAGGGGCGACCUCCGGAGAGCGACCUCGACCGCCUGCGGUGGGGCAGACGCCGAGCAGACCCUGCGGCCGGGCUGCUUGGUGGGCUUCCCACCGGCUCUUUGACUUCGCCCUCGCCUUGCAUGGUCAUCGUAACCCUGCAGCGCCGAGAGGGGUCUCCAAGCAAGGUCUUUCCUUUGACUGGAGGUCGGACACCCCCAAAAGAGGAGGAGGAGGUGGUGGAUUAAAGCCCCGACUCUCAAUCAAUCCUUCAGAUUGCUCAAAUCUGGCUUCAAGUUGAAAUGAAUGCCUUGCAGACUGAAGGAAGCUGAGUACAUCGUCACCUCUAAUGCUGCAGUGCAAGGAAGGACUAGUCUAGCCAUCCUGUCUCCUAUCAACAUUUGGUACCUUACUUUGCUUCCUGGUCACUUGUACCACACAAAAUUACAAUCAUUCAGCAUACAUGGAGAGAGACAACAAAGUAUGUAAGCCUGGCUAACAAGAGAGAAAUUUGCCUGGUCAGAGAGGGGGACAAUUCAAAUUUAUGAAGAUUAUUUUACAUCUUGCCUCCAUAACAUUACCUCUCAUCUAUGUGAAGGACACGAAUCCAAAUCUAUUUUCAUUUUAUUUCCAUUAUUUUUGCUAGAAAUUUUCUCUUUUUAGUAUUUUUUUCUUAGUUAGAAAUGGGCCCGUGGACUAGAAUGUGGCCCAUGGACAGGGUUGCUUUUGUGAAAUCAUGGCUUGUGUUUUCUCUGGGGCUCUACAUGCAGUUCUCCAAAGCGAUGGCCUGUCCGAGCGUUUGCCGCUGUGACCGAAACUUUGUCUAUUGUAAUGAACGAAGCUUGACCUCAGUGCCUCUUGGAAUCCCGGAGGGUGUAACCGUACUCUACCUCCAUAAUAACCAAAUUAAUAAUGCUGGAUUUCCUGCAGAGCUACACAACGUCCGGUCUGUACACACAGUUUACUUGUAUGGAAACCAGCUGGAUGAAUUCCCCAUGAAUCUGCCCAAGAAUGUCAGGGUUCUCCACCUACAAGAAAACAACAUCCAAACCAUUUCUCGGGCAGCUCUGGCCCAGCUGUUGAAACUGGAAGAGCUGCACCUAGAUGACAAUUCCAUCUCUACUGUGGGAGUUGAGGAUGGGGCUUUCCGGGAAGCUAUUAGCCUCAAGCUUCUGUUCUUGUCCAAGAAUCACUUAAGCAGUGUACCAGUUGGCCUUCCAGUGGACUUACAGGAACUACGAGUUGAUGAAAACCGAAUUGCCAUCAUAUCGGAUAUGGCCUUUCAGAAUCUCACAAGCUUGGAACGUCUCAUAGUGGAUGGUAACCUCCUUACCAAUAAAGGUAUUGCAGAUGGCACUUUCAGCCACCUAUCCAAACUCAAGGAAUUCUCUAUAGUGCGGAAUUCUCUAACAUACCCUCCUCCUGAACUCCCAGGUACAAAUCUUCUUAGACUAUCUCUACAAGACAACCAGAUAUCACACAUACCACUUUCAGCCUUUUCGAAUCUCCAGCAGCUGGAGCGACUUGAUAUAUCCAACAAUCAGCUUCGGAUGCUGUCCAGAGGUGUGUUUGAUAGCCUUCACAACCUUAAGCAACUCACAGCAAGGAACAAUCCAUGGCUUUGUGAUUGUAGUAUUAAGUGGGUUACUGAAUGGCUUAAGUAUAUUCCAUCCUCCAUCAAUGUUCGGGGAUUCAUGUGUCAGGGGCCAGAUCACGUCCGAGGCAUGGCCGUCAGGGAACUCACCGUAAAUAUGUUGUCAUGUCCUCCAACUACCCCUGCUCUGUCAUUUGUUACCGAGGCUCCCACAACACUCUUGCCAACUACAGUGGCCCCUGCUACAUCUCUCUUGACCCCAAGUAACAAAUACACUCCCUUUACCUCCAUUGUAGCCACACUCCCCACUGUGCCUGAGAGAGAUGAUGGAGAAAAAGUGACCACUCCCUUUGUUGAGCGCUUUCAACUGUUUAUCCACAUUGUGAAUGACACUUGUAUCCAAGUCAGCUGGCAUACUGUUUUUAAUGUCAUGGCUUACAAACUUACCUGGGUUAAAAUGGGUCACAGUCUGGAAGGAGGCAUUAUUCAGGAACGGAUAGUUAGUGACAAGAAACAAAAUAUUAGCUUGACAAGCCUAGAGCCCAAAUCUACGUAUCGGAUUUGCUUGGUUCCUUUGGAUGAUUUUAAUAAUUAUCGAGUUGGUGAGGACACUGUCUGUUCUGAAGGUACCACCAAGGCUUCCUUAUUAAGCAAUGGGAGCAACACAGCCUCCAGCCAUGAGCAGACCACAUCUCAUAACAUUGGUUCCCCAUUUCUCCUGGCAGGAUUGAUUGGGGGGGCAGUGGUAUUUGUGCUGGUGGUUCUGCUCAGCAUCUUCUGUUGGCACAUGCACAAAAAAGGGCGCUAUACUUCUCAGAAAUGGAAAUACAACCGAGGCCGACGGAAAGAUGACUACUGUGAGGCGGGAACCAAGAAGGACAACUCCAUCCUGGAGAUGACAGAAACCAGCUUUCAGAUUGUCUCCUUAAAUAAUGAUCAACUCCUUAAAGGAGAUUUCAGACUUCAGCCCAUUUAUACCCCAAAUGGGGGAAUUAACUACACAGACUGCCAUAUCCCCAACAAUAUGAGAUAUUGCAACAGCGGUGUAUCAGACCUGGAACACUGUCAUACGUGAUAGUGAAGGACAUGGCAGGGCACCUAAAGCUAGGAACAGAUACUCGGAGGGAGGAAACAAAAUAAACCUACUCACAAACAAGAAUUACAUUUGAUAAAUGUUACACAGAUGCAUUUGUGCAUUUGAAUACUCUGUAAUUUAUAUGGUGUACUAUAUAAUGGGAUUUAAAAAAAGUGCUAUCUUUUCUAUUUCAAGUUAAUUGCAAAUGGUUUUGUAACUUUUUGCUUUUUAAAUCUUAAAAAAUAUAGCUGAAGUACUGUACAGGGUUGUACAAUAAGAACCCAAUGCCAUGGCAAAGGAAAGAAAUGCCUCAUUCUUCAGACAUCAAUCAUUUUUUUUAUUUUUGAGCUUGUUUUGGGGGAUACCGGCUCUUGCAUCUUCCACUAGUUUAGGAGAUAAGUUAAAUGAAGAAUAACAUCAGAAGUUUCUAAGUAGAACCAGGUGUCAGGAAGAAUAUAAAUUCUGUACUUUUUGGUUCCACUCAGAACAGAAAAAUCCCAACCUUUCUAAUAUCAAACAUGAUGACUCUCUGCUCUUUAUGUGAGCUUGUUUAAAAAUGCUCACCACACAUUUAUUCCUCCUCAAAAAGGCUGGUAUUGAGAUAUUAAAAGCAAAAGAUUUGUUUGCCCUAAAGUUCUUCAAGUUACAACAUUUGAAAUAUGUAUAAACCAGCUUUUGUCAGAAUUCUUAGUCUAUAAUCCAAAUAUUUUUCUUUCGUUUUUUCCAAAAGCAAAUUUUCUUAAGGUCCCCAAGUUUACAUUUACAUUCUGUUGUUCAUUACAGAAGUCCAAAAGGACCUGAUACUUUGACCAAGCAAUAUAUUGAUUCAAAUUACUUUAAAAUAUAUCCAAAAGAUGUUGAAAGUGGAUUAAAGUACUCCCUUUGCCGUUUCUUGGUUUCAUAGUAUUCCUGGAUAAUUCAGUCACUUAAGUUAGCUUUCUCCAAGAAAAAGAAAACAAGGCCCAUGGGAGCAUUAAAAUAGCAAACACUCAUAAUGUGUUCUGAAAUAUUUUCACGGGGGAAAAAACAUCAUGUCUAAAUAAAAAUUUAUGUUAGACAAAAAUGAUGUUUUAGGGAAACAAUCUGGUUAAAAAAUAAGAAUUUGUGGGGCUUAUGUUACCAUAUAUCUAUUAUGAAUCCAUUGACAAUCUCUCUUUCUAUGGUACAAAGACUUGCUUUUGGCAUUUGAGGCUCCAAUAAUGCACUUGAUUUUGUCUGAUUUCAUCCUAUUGUUAAUUUCAGAUUUUUUUUUUCAAUUUUGUACCUUUGCAAGUGACACCCUGGGAAUGUAUGCUGUGCAGUCCCUAUUAAAAAUGAAAACAAAGUGAAACAAACCCCACUCUCCUUAAUUAUAGAGGAGCUUGCAUUGAAAUAGCUCUGUUGCAGUACAAACUAUCCAUGGACCAUCAUAACUUUGUGGAGAAGCUGCUGUAGCUCCUAAUAUUAUGCAAGUAUCCACUAGUGGCAUUCUAAUUAAUCCCUUUCACCCAGCAUGAGUCCAUAUAUUUGGAUGGAGAAA